AUGGCUGGUGCCAGCGUCGGCAGAACGUGUCUUUACCGGCGGACCUUCAUUAUUUCCUCACGUCUUCAUCCGCUGUCGGACCCAUGCUCCUUUCAACCUCUAAGAUUCCCGUACGGUCGCAUUCAAUUGCACCAGAGAAGCCAUUUCAGCAACACUCAGAAAAGAUGGAAAGAAAGCAGAGGGGAUGGCAAGGAGAGCUUCACUUCGCGGCUUGGAAAAGCAUGGAGGGAAACGAAAAUCGAAUGGAAACCAAUUCCAAUUGGUCUGGGAAUUGGGUUUCUGGGCCUGUUACAGUUUAUGCGAGUCAGAGCAAGGGAAGGCGGCGCACAAGAAGGUUCUUCCGAGACGGAUGGAGGACGGCCGCCCAGGCGGCAGAGAAUCUAUCCCACAGGAGGAGGCUGGCAGGUACAGAUAAUGUCAACGUUGCCGCUGAAAGCAAUCUCAAGAGUUUGGGGACGUUUCAAUGAGUUGACCAUUCCAUAUUACCUCCGUGUGCCGGGUUUCAAGCUAUAUGGCCGGAUAUUUGGUGUCAACUUUGAGGAGAUGGCUGAACCAGAUCUUCACGCCUACCCCAACCUGGCUUCCUUCUUCUACCGCGAGCUCAAGCCAGGCAUUCGACCUCUCGAUCCCAAUCCCAACGCUGUCCUAUCUCCGGCCGACGCUAAAGUAUUGCAGUUUGGCACGAUCGAGAAUGGUGAGGUCGAGCAGGUCAAAGGCAUGACAUACAGUGUGGAUGCUCUGUUGGGGAAAAUCGCCCCUACCUCACCUAAUCCUCAAGCUCCGUCGAAUAUCUUUGCGCCUCCGAAGGCCGAAACAUCGCCUGCAUCGGAUGAUCCAGAAGCCAAGUCAAUAUCCGCAGAGGAGGAAUUUGCAAAUGUCAACGGCAUAUCUUACACCUUACCCGACUUCCUGUCCGGGUCGCAACAGACGGGCAACUCCAAACAAGAUGCCUCUAUAAAAUCACGUCCAUCCUCCGAGGCUGCAGUGUCAGCUGACUUGGCCACAACUCAACCUUGGUGGUCACCUUUCUCUUCUCCCAGCACCGACAAAAAGCUUUAUUAUUGUGUCGUGUAUCUGGCUCCCGGUGACUAUCAUCGCUUUCAUUCUCCUGUCAGCUGGGUUUGCACCGCACGUCGCCACUUUGCGGGAGAAUUGUAUUCAGUCUCGCCUUAUGUUCAGCGUAUGUUGCCGGGGCUUUUCACCCUCAAUGAACGUGUUGUUCUCCUUGGCCGAUGGAAAUAUGGAUUCUUCAGCUAUAUACCUGUUGGUGCCACCAAUGUUGGCUCCAUCGUCAUCAAUUUCGACAAGGAGUUACGGACGAAUUCUCUUACUACGGAUACCGAAGCGGAUCGUCAGGCAGCAGCGGCCGCUGAAAGGGGCGAACCCUACGCUGGAUUCAGCGAAGCCACCUACGCAAAUGCGAGCAAGAUUCUGGGAGGCCAUGCUUUGAGGAGAGGUGAAGAGAUGGGUGGCUUCAAGCUUGGAUCGAGUAUUGUAUUGGUGUUUGAGGCACCGGCUGGUCAGCGGAGAAAAUCCCUCAACGAGGGUAGUGCUGGUGAUGAGGAGGGGAAUGGUGGGUUUAAAUGGGUUGUUGAACGAAACCAGAAGGUCAAAGUCGGUCAAGCUUUAGGGUAUGUAGAGGAGGAUUAG